GGAGGAGACAGAGCUAUGGCCGAGGAAGAGCGGGCUGAACACGGCGGCGGCAGCCGGGGAGGAAAGCUGAGCCUCAAGCGCAAGAGGCGGCAGCAGCACCAACAGCAGGAGGAAGAGGAGGAGGCGGAAGGACGUCCCUCUGCCAUUCCUCGCCGGGCACCUACAUUUUCCGGCAGCUCUUUCUGGUUUGAAGAGCAAGGCUUAAGCGGUGCUGAAAUCGCAUGGAUGACAUUACUCAAGUCUGUGGACCCACAUCUGCAUCGCUUGAGUUUAGAAAAAGUAGUCAACCUUCCCAAGUUUCUUACAAAGAGCUCACAAACUACAAAUCCUCAGCCAGCCCCAGAAACCUUUGACAUUGGAAUGAAACAGUUUCAGUGGACUCCAUUUCCACAUUACCACACAAAUAAUUCAAGAAGUAAAAAACCUCCUGAAAAUCAAACUCUUGGUUUUACAGAAAGAGGAUAUGAUGCAGAUGGGAGACUCAGUGUUAUUUCUCCUGCUCCCAAGCAAAACCCCAUUCCAGCCAAUAAAUAUACUGCUGAGGAAACAACAGUUGGACACAACAAUAAUCUUUCCCCUAAGCUGGAAGGUAGAGAAAUGACUGAAAUGUGUCUGCACUCAACCCAGCAGAAUUCACCAGGACAUUCAUCAACAGCUGCACAGAGCCAGCCAAGAGUAUUUGUAUUUGGAAAGCUUUGGAAAGGGGCUACAGCACAGAGUGAAGGAAAAGGCAGAAAGGAAAAUAAAAUACUAUCAAAUGAUGAUAAGCAAAGUACUUUGUUGUAUCAGCCUAACAAUGCCACAUCAGUGUUACCUGUGCAGGAAUCUCCUGCUGUUUGUUUGAGUGUCAGCAACCAAGAAAAUACAGAGGACCACAGGGAGGAAAUCUUAGCUCUCAGCCAGUGUCCCAUGUGCCAGAUCCACUUUACUGGAAAGUGGUCAAAACUGGACAUUGAUGGUCAUCUUGCUAAAUGUUUGGCUGAAAGUGAUGUAGAUGUAAUUUGGUAAUAAAGAAUAUAGCAGAGAACAGCCAAUGCUUAUUAGUAGUCAAUAAAUUUGCAGCAAUUUACCACAGAUCAAGAAAGCUAAAGGAGGAGGUAGUCAAGUGCUAUGUCAUAAUUCAUUAUGUAUAUCCUGCUAUUGGGUCAGUAUUGCAAAUGUCUGUGGGAACCUCAGUGAAGUCUGGAUGCACAUGACUUAUGUUUCUAGUAAAAGCAUUACUGAAGUAUAUGUUCUCUAUGGGACAUAUUAUGAACCAUGACCGUACAGAAUUUAAAAUCUAAUAACAAAAUUAUCUGCUUCAAGGUGCUUAGGGGAUGAGAUUUGUUGAAAAUUAAAUAGUCAUCCAGCCACAAAGUUUUCAAUAAAAAGAUAGCUAGCAGUUUUCCUCC